UGAGAGUUCGGUUGUAUAAUUACUAUGGAUGGAUGUACGUACUGCUUUUACUUAACGGGUAUCAAGGUUAUGUUGAGCUCGCUGAUGUCUGCCACCCUGAGCUGCAUGUUACUACAAUUGCACAGUGCACGCACUUGAGGUUUUAUCUGGUCCUGUCGCUGCGCAAUAAAUACCAGGAGAAAAGCUAUCCUGGAACAGAACUGCACCAACUUGAACUGCAAAUUUCUGUGAUCGCUGAGCCUUUGACACUGAUCUUAACAUGUCCAUUAUGGACCAUAGCCCCACCACUGGUGUGGUCACAGUAAUCGUCAUCCUUAUUGCCAUAGCAGCUCUUGGUGCCUUGAUACUAGGCUGCUGGUGCUAUCUGCGCUUGCAGCGGAUAAGUCAGUCAGAAGAUGAGGAGAGCAUAGUGGGCGAAGGUGAAACCAAAGAACCCUUCUUGCUGGUGCAGUAUUCUGCAAAAGGCCCCAGGGUGGAGCGAAAAACUAAGCUGACUACUAAUGGUACUGAAGUCCACAGCUAACUUUCAGUGCAUCACCUGCACCACAGAUCUGCUUUUGGACUAAAUCAGCAUUCCUACUGUGAAUAAAAUUAACAAAAACAGCUGCACUUUCCUUCUCUUCCUCUAGGAAGUCUGUUUUCUAGAAGUGAAUGGCAUAUUGGCAGAGAGCAGACCCUUCGCCUAGAGGUUUCCAACUGUGGUAAUGCCUGUUGUACCACUGCUUGCACUGUGAAGAAAUGCAUAAAGGGUGCAGCAGUCAUUCUUUCAGUGACUUGGUUCUACUUGAAAUACUGAGCUGAGCCUAACUAAAUAGUAGCUACUGUAAAAAUAGAACCGUGUUAACCUGUACUUGUAAAUAGGCUGACUUGAGCAUGUAUUGCAGGAAACAGCAGCUUUAAAAAGGGAGUCCCGAAUCUGUGAAGUUAAUGUAAGCAACUUUGCACUUCAGAGCUUUGGAGCAAUGAAACAGAAUGGAGGAUAUUUCAGGGUUAAGCAACUACAAGGACAAUUCCAGGACAAUGUGAUUCAGUUCUUUGUGACUUAAUGCAUGAUGUCAAGCCCUUUGAGGCAUUUGAGGUUACCACACAUUUGACAUGCCAUGACAUUUUUGAUGUCUCUUGUUUUUGUGGCCUUGUUAUUUCCUGAUGGUUUCUGUCUCUGAAAGCUAAUUUUUUUGUGAAAGUGGUAAGGUAGGGUUGCAGAGAAGUUGAAUGAAGUAGCAUUACUUGCAUACAUUGCUAGCUAUGUGUAGGCUUUGUAAAUUAACAAGUUCUGCUAGGAUGCUGCCAGGUCUUAGUAGUUUAAGCCAGCCCUUUGAACCUAUGAUGGAUAAUGUAUUUUUUACUUUUUUUGAGUACAAAAAGUAAAAAAAACUAGUCCGGAAGGUCUCCAAGGGCGUUUAAUUUGGUGGUUGAGCAGUUCUUAAAGGCAUGUUAAGAUUGCUUUUUAUUUCAACCCAAUGAACUGGAAUUGGUAUAUUUUUAGUAUUUGGCUUUUUGGUAACAACUGUUUACAGAUGUUGAAUAAUUGUCACUACAUUUUACUUUCUAGUUUAACUGUGUGUGAACAUCUUCCCUCUAGUUUGUGUUCCACAAGUAUGAUCAGGUAGUAGGGUCUGGAUGGUACCUAAGCAACAGACUUUAAUCAGACAACUUACGGGACAAGUAAACUGGACUUGAUUUUUUUGAUUAGCCCUAUCAAAUUAGCCCCCCCCCCCCGUAUAAGACUACAUCAGUAUAAAAGCAAUUUUUGCACUGUUGGGCUGCUGUAUUCCCUCCCAUAUACUUUCCUCUUGUGAAAUGCAGGCCUUUAGUAGAUCAAGGUUUACAGCUAUUUGAUUCUUACUAUUUUUUUUUUGGUCUCUUCUUUGAGGCACUAGGUCUCCAUGCGCACACAGUGGAAUUGAUCUAACUGUUUAGAAAUCGUUUCAUAUAACCUGAUUUAAAACCAACGAAGUUUUAAGGUGAUCUUAGCACAAUGAGUAUUAUGUUGGCUCAUUUUAAUGUAACCGGCAUGAAAAACUGCAGGUUAGAGUAGUGCUUCCUGCAUAAAAUGUUUUCACUGUAGAACACUUGUGCCAAUGCUUUGAGUUGGCAGAGCCUUUAAGAACUCAUUGUCCUUGUAAUCCAUGUUCACCUCACUGAGCCAUCACCCUAUAGCACCCAUGAAUGUUAAGGCUUGUUCCACAGUAUUUUCAGGGACCUGAUCAAGCUAAUAUGCUUGGAACACAGCAUGCUUAUACAACUGGCCAAUUUUUACAAACUGUUUUCCUUGGUUUGUAUGAAUAGUAGCACCUUUUAAUACCAAGCUUGUACAUGGUGCAUGUACUGUAUGUGCAAAGCUAGCAUGUUUGGCUUUGGCUUGGAUUCUCUCUUGUACCAGUAUUUCAAGCUUUAAGCGAAGUACACUGGUGUCACACUUUGCACACAACCCCCCUUCCAAAAAAUCUCAGCUUUGAGUGAGCCUAACUUAUUCUUAACGUGAGCCAUAAGUGUUGCAUAUGGACAGAGCUGUAACUUUUAUAAACUCUAAAGCCUUUACAUUUUCUAUCCAGGAAACAGCCUGAAAUACGUACAUUUGGGGGGAGAAACUAACAUUUUGCCAUUUCUUUUUAGCCAGCAUAGUUCAUUUUUUGUGCUUAUUGAAGAAAUGUCUUGAUUCUGUGGAGGGAAAACUGUAAUUGCAAAACUUAGUUUUUUAAUAAACUGACAUAUUAAGUUUUA